UCUCCAGGUCCACAGACCCAGUGUCAGAACGAGGGGUGAGGCAGACCCUCCGCUUGGGGCCCAGGGAGUGUGGCGCGGACUCGAGAGUCAUGGGCUUGUUCCGGGUGAUCCCGAAGCUGCUGCAUAACCGUGUGGUGAUGGCCGGUGCUGCCCCGCGCCACCAGCACAUCCUCAGGAAUGCGGGGCCCAGGUUCACGGUGGUUCCUUCCAGGUUUCAAGAGAAUCUCAGUAAAGCCUCCUCCCCCACCCCCUUCCCAUGGUCCAUGGAAACAGCCAAGCAGAAGGCCCUGGAGGGGGUCAGGAGCAUGCACCAGAAACACGGGAAGGCCGUGGAGGACGCAGAUGGUAACCCCACGGUGCAGAGCCUCCCCCCGACUGUCAUAUUGGAACUGAUAGACGGCUUCAAGGUGUCCAAGGCCCUGUUCACGGCUUGCAAGAUGAAGGUGUUUGAUGUGCUGAGAGACGAAGCCCCCCUGAGUGCGGCGGACGUUGCCAGGAAAAUCGAUGCCUCUGAGGGUGGAACUGGUCAGCUGCUGGACGUCUGUGCAGCCCUGGGCCUGCUGGACAAGACAGAGGGAGGUUACAGCAACACGCCCCUGGCCACCCUGUACCUGCUGUCGGACGGCGAGUGCUCCCUCCACAGCUACGUCAUGAUCCACGAGGAAGUCAUAUGGCCCUUCUUCUCCUACCUGGACUUUGCUGUCCAGGAGGGCACCGUCCAGGGCCAGAGGGCUCUGGGCACAGCGGGGAGGACCACUAUCAGGUACCAUCCAGUGCCAGAGGGCUCUGGGCACAGCGGGGAGGACCAGUAUCAGGAGUCGUUCUACCAGAAUCGAGAAAAGAAGUUGCAGUUCAUGCGGGCCAUGCACGGCCACACCAAGGUGGCUGCCCGCCAGGUGUCCACAGCCUUUGACCUGUCUGGAUUCACCUCUGCGUGCGAUCUGGGAGGAUCCACAGGCGCCCUUGCCUACGAACUGGCCCGGCAGUGCCCGGGUCUGAAGGUGACCGUGUUUGACCUGCCGGAGGUCAUCGAGGACGCCGUGUGCUUUCAGCCCCAUGGACCCCAGACAGGGCAGGUCAGCUUCGUGCCAGGGGACUUUUUCCGAGACACCCUCCCGGAGGCCGACCUGUACAUUCUGGGCAAAGUUCUGCACAACUGGCCCGACGACAAGGCGCACCAGCUGCUGAGCCGCAUCUCCCGCAGCUGCAAACCAGGUGGCGGCCUCCUGGUGGUGGAAAUGCUGCUGGACGAGGACAAGGCAGGCCCCCUGCCCGCCGUGCUGAUGUCGCUGAACAUGACGGUGCUGUUCCAGGGCAGGGAGCGCAGCCUGAGCGAGUACCGCAGCCUGCUGCAGGCGCACGGCUUCACCGACGUGCGGGCCGUGCGCACUGGGACCAUCCUGGAUGCCGUGCUGGCCACCAGAGCCUGACGGCCACCCGCAUGCCAGUCCCAGGGUCACUCCCCUGGGGGGACACUGGCUCACAGUCCCCCACCGUGGCCCAUAGGUAGAAAGUGUGCUGCAAGGGGCUGGAGUCA